AUGAAAGAAGUAUUAUCAAAGAAUGAAAAAGAGUUUAUGUUGUCUAGUAUUCAACAAGGUCUACGUAUCGAUGGUAGACGACUUGAUGAUAUGCGUGAUGUAAAGAUUUCUUUUGGUAAGGAGUAUGGUAUGGUAGAGGUUCAAUUGGGAAGAACAAGAGUAUAUACAUCAGUUUCAUGUGAAGUUGCAGAACCAAGACCAGAAAGACCAAAUGAAGGAUUCUUUGUAUUCAACACCAAUAUAUCACAAAUGUCAAACGUAGAGGUAGACAUUGGUAGAAGUAAUCCUGCUGAACUAGAGUUGGGCAGAUUGGUUGAACGUGGAUUAAAGGAGAGUCGUGCUAUCGAUACAGAGGCUUUGUGUAUUGUAGCUGGACAAAAGGUGUGGCGUAUCGUCACCAAUAUUCAUAUACUAGACGAUUGCGGUAAUCUAUUGGAUUGUGCUAGUAUAUCUGUUAUCACUGCCCUCCUACAUUUUAGAAAACCUGAUGUUACCCUAGUUGGUAAUGAAGCAACUAUUCAUACAUUAGAAGAAAGAGAACCUGUACCAUUGAGUAUUCAUCAUUACCCAGUAUCUGUGACAUUUGGAUUCUUCCCAGACAGUUUGAUGAUUGUCGAUCCCGACGCAAAGGAGGAGAUGGUGAUUGAUGGCAAAUUGAGUUUCCUUGUCAAUGUUCACAAGGAGAUUUGUGGUGUUAGCAAGUCGGGUGGAAUGUCUACAUCGAUCGAUCAAGUUAUCAAGUGUUCAAAGAUGGCAAUCAACAGAGCAUUUGAUAUUACAAACAAGAUUAGAAUAGCAUUACAUGAAAGUAUAAAAGAUAAGAAUUCAUCAAUGAAAACAAGAAAGAAACCAAUGGAAAUGGUUGAAUAUACAGUACCAAUUAAAGAAGAGGAGGAAAAAGACAACAAACAAUCAAAUAUUAAUACUACUACAACUACAACACCAAACAAACCAACUACAACUACUAUUAAAAAGACAACUACACAACCAAAGAAACAACAAGAGGUUGUAGUUGAAAAACAAAAGGUAAAAGAGGAAAAGAAGGAUACAGAUAUUUUAAUGAAGGAUGAUACUACUACUACCACUACUACUACCAAACCAGUAGCAGUAGCAGCACCAGUUGUUGUUGUUGCUCCAACAGCAGCAGCAGCAGCAGUUGUAAAGAAUCAAAGUAAAGAGAAAAUUCAAAUCGAUAGCGAUAGUGACAGUGAAGAAGAAGAUACUGUUGUUUUAUCAACUUCUAAUAAUAAUAAUAAUAAUAGUAAUAACACCACAGCGACUACUACAAAGACAGAAGCAAUAGAAGUUGGAUCAGACGAUGAUCUAUCAGUUGCUUUGAUAAAGAAACCAUCAAAACCAGCUGCCAAAAAGACAAAACCUGCCGCCAAAAAAGCUGCUGCUUCCAAAUAA